AUGAAAUUUUAUCUUAUCGAACUUUUGGUUUUGAUUGCCUCUGUAAUUGCUCUCAUUAACGCUGCUCCAGCUGCCAAAGCUCCAAAAAUCACCCAAGCUCCAAAAAUCACCAAAACUCCAAAGGUCGUCAAAACUCCACAAAGCAACAACGCAACAUGUUUCCAAAAACAAAACGCGAUAGAUGCUGAGAAUCUCCAAAAAAAGUUUGAUACUUUCACCACGAAAACUCCAUGUAACGUCGGUGAUCAAGCUUGUAUUAACAAUCAAUUCGCUCAAUGCACCGCAACAAACACUUGGGUUCUUGAACAAUGUAACGGUGGUUUAACAUGUUGUGCGCUUCCCCUUCGAAACAAACCAGGCACUUCGAUCGCUUGUGAUACCAAACAAGAUCAAACUGCAAGAAUCAAUGAAGGAAAAGCUGCCUGUCCAUAA